AUGUUUGGAUUAUUUGGAAAAAAGUACGUACCGCAAGUUAUUGUUUCCGAAGUGAAUGAAUACAACCGUUUGUACGAAGAGUUGCGUUCAUUAGGUUCGGGAGCUUUUGGGGAAGUGAUAACAAUUUACGGGAAUUUAUGUUCCUAUAGUCUGAAGAAUAUUCUUCAACACAAACCACAAGUUUUUGGUCGACAACCGGGAGAACCCAUGAAUUCAAUCGAGUUUUACAUUUCGUGUCAUAUAUUCCCUUAUACUAAAUACGAGUUUUACAUUUCGUGUCAUAUAUUCAAAGAGAUCUUAGAAUGCGUUCAAUAUUUACAUGAAUUGAAUCCUCCGGUCAUUCAUAGAGACCUCAAACCCGACAAUAUAUUAAUUUCAUCACAGCUUAGGAACGGGAGGUUUAUUAAGAUAUGUGACUUUGGGUUGGCGACACUGCACUCCAGUUCCUCUAGUAGUCAUACCACUGGAGUGGGAACUCGUCAAUACAUGGCACCGGAAGUUAAAUUGCAAACUAAAUACACACCAAAAGCGGAUAUUUAUAGCCUGGCAAUCAUAGCACACAAAUUGUUUAAUUUGAAUAAUUUUAAUUCCCCUGAGUUAAUUAUUUACUCGGGAUAUGAAAUAUACGACAAAUUCAUUAAAUUGGAUCAAAUCAUAGACUCGAUGUGUGUUCCCAUUCAUAGCACUCGACCCGAGUGUUCACAAUCACUAAUAAUGAAUUAA